AUGGCAGGUGCUAAAGGACCGCACGGCUUUCCUCUGCCCGGAAAAACACACCUAUUUUUCUCCAAGUUUCUUGGAGCUUCCAUGGCGUUCUGGAUAUUAUAUCGAGGAAAGAAAGAAAUGCCAAUACUCCUGGGACUUAGACAUCCUUGGGAACAUCAUGAUCAUGACGGAAAUCACACCGAAUCUCACCACUGA